AGGGAGAUAAAAAAGACAGGAGACCGGGGGGCAGCCAGCUCGAAGCGGCGAGCAACACCGAGCCAUGGAGGGCGAUGUGCGUGUCCGUGCAGUGGUGAUGACACGUGAUGACUCUAGUGGCGGCUGGGUGCCCCUUGGAGGCGGUGGCCUGAGCCACGUCGUCAUCUGUAAGGGGCGGAGCUCGGAAGGCAGAGGACGGAGGGAAUAUGUCAUCCGUGGGGAGCGGCUGCGUGAUCGAGCACCCGUGCUUGAGUGUGCUGUUCAGAAGGGUUUGGUCUACAACAAGGUGAAUCCCAUCUUCCACCACUGGCGUGUGGAUGAGAGGAAGUUUGGCCUGACUUUCCAGAGUCCAGCUGAUGCCGUCUCAUUUGAGAAAGGCCUUCAAAGUGUCCUUGACAAGCUGGACAGAGGAUCUGACUCACCUUCUUCGUCCACACCAGAAGAGGGAGACACUGAAGACGAUGGUCAAGCAGUGAGUCUUUUUCCUGUUUUCUUUAUAAACCGUAUCACCACUGUAUCAACUAACUUAUGCCAAAGCCAGCCUGAGGAAAAUAAAGCCUCUGGAUCUACACUUUUGAUGAUUUGCAGUCUGUCUUAGUCUCACACAGGCAGUGAGUCGUCCUCCAACAGCAGGAAGGAGAUGUUGCCCAAGCCCAUCACCAUAGUGACCAGCGAGUCCUCCUCAACCUGUUUUAUGCGCUCUGCAGCGGAGGAGUUCGGGUAUGGGGCGGGGCAUAUUGGCACCACCCACACCCCUGCCCAGGUGCAUACAAGGCCUGCCCAGCACCAGCUCGCUCAAGUAACGGCCGUGUUGAACCCUCCGGCCCCGCCCCCUCCUCCUCCUGCUCCUCCCACUCCUCCCCUGGCUCCUACUGCUUCUUCUCCCCUCUCCCCUACAAUCUCCCUGCUGGAGGAGGGUGACUUACGCAGUCUCGACCCAUGCAAGGACCUGUGGGGCUCGCGGGGUUACGAGGAUUACCGGCGAGCUGGGGCCACGCGGACCAAGGUGGGGGGCCUGACGGGUGGUGUGGUGGUGGGAGGUGGGCCGGACAAGUCGGAGCUGUGUGUGGUGCGCUUCCAGAAGGAGCUGGCGGGGGUGGGGACCACGGGCUGUGAGGUCACUGUUCGGCUGGACACCAAAGGCUCUCAGCGGCGCUCUUCGCCCACCUGCACGUCCAAUGCCGCGCCAGGAGCGUCCUCGGCCGGCGGCUCCCCGCCUGAGACGGGCAAAGGCUCGCCCUCACCCUGCUGCAUCCACACCUCGCUCGCCACACCCCGCUCCCGGACUCGCAAGCGAGGCGGCAGCAGCGGGGGCGGAGCCUCCGGGGGAGGUGACGCGGUUUCUCCCGACGACGACAGCCCGUGCCCGCAGGGCUCCUCCUCCUGCUCGUCCCGCUGCGUGUACUGCCGGUCGGUGUUCAGCGCCUCGGAGAACGGACGCGGGCGCUGCCGGGACGCCCCGGACCCUGCUCUGCGCUGCCUGCGCCAGUGGACGUGUGUGUGGUGCGCGGAGAGCCUGCUCUACCACUGCAUGUCGGACUCGGAGGGCGAGUUCUGGGAGCCGUGCUCGUGCGAGGACUCGCUGGGCCGGCGGCCCCACCCGCUCUGCUGCGCCCGCUGGCUGGCCCUGCUGGCUCUGUCCCUCUUUGUGCCCUGCAUGUGCUGCUACCUGCCUCUGCGCGGCUGCCUGCGCUGCGGAGAGCGCUGUGGCUGCUGUGGGGGGAAGCACAAGGCGGUGCGGUGA